AUGGGCAAGGCCAAGAAGACUAGAAAGUUCGCACAGGUGAAACGGGUUCUUUCGAAGAACGACCCGAGAAAAAAGGAGAAUGCAGACAAACCAAAGCAGACGACCGACAAGGAGCUCGUGAAGGAGGUGCCGCAGGUCUCGUCUGCCCUCUUUUUCCAGUACAACGAGGCAAUCAAGCCGCCUUACCAGGUGCUGGUGGAUACCAACUUCUUCAACUUUAGCAUCCAAAAGAAGAUCGAUAUAGUGCGCGGCAUGAUGGACUGUCUCUAUGCCAAAUGUAUUCCGAUUGUGACAGACUGUGUCAUGGCCGAGCUCGAAAAACUGGGCCACAGAUACAGAAUAGCACUCACGCUCGCCAAAGACCCCCGGAUCAAACGUCUGACGUGCUCGCACAAGGGAACUUACGCGGACGACUGCCUGGUGCACCGGGUAAUGCAACACAAGUGCUACAUCGUGGCCACCAACGACGCAGACCUCAAACGACGCAUACGGAAGGUGCCCGGUGUGCCGAUCAUGAGCGUUGGUAGCCACUCGUACGUGAUCGAGAGGCUCCCGGAUGUGUUUUAG